ACACCGUUCAUGGGUUCAGGGCUGCAAGUAUUCCUCUAAAAAGUUGGCAGCACUGUUCAGAAACGGAGCGACAACUUAACAGCGGCGCUGGUUACGAGCUGAACGACAGAAAUUCCAUAUUCUUUAUUUUCGCCACACUCCAAAUCAAUUAAAGAACAUAAUGUCGUUCGUGAAGAAUGCUCGCCUGUUGGCCGCGCGUGGCGCUCGUUUGGCCCAGAACCGUUGCUACUCGGACGAGAUGAAGCUGACGUUCGCCGCCGCCAACAAGACCUUCUACGAUGCCGCUGUGGUGCGUCAGAUUGAUGUGCCCUCGUUCAGCGGUGCCUUCGGUAUUCUGGCCAAGCAUGUGCCCACACUGGCUGUGUUGAAACCAGGCGUUGUUCAGGUCACCGAGAAUGACGGCAAACUGACCAAGUACUUUGUCUCCAGCGGAUCCGUAACCGUCAACGAGGAUUCCUCCGUGCAAGUGCUCGCCGAGGAGGCUCACAAUGUGGAGGACAUCGAUAUGAACGAGGCCAGACAACUGCUUUCCAAAUAUCAGUCGGAGCUCAGCUCAGCUAGCAGCGACAAGGCCAAGGCGGAAGCUGCCAUUGCCGUCGAAGUUGCUGAGGCGCUUGUCAAAGCUGCCGAAUAAAUAAAACAAGUCAACAACAACUAUAAUUAACAUAACAACAACCUUUACAACAACAUCCGCUGCUUGCAAUUGUGUUUAAAUUAAUGAAAUCAUAACUAAUUUGAAGCCCAAAAUUGUUAUGAAACAAAUAAAAACAAAAGCGAAUAUAUAUAAUAUAUCGUAA